AAAAAUCACUCGGAGUUUAGGGAUAGACACAGUGAUUCAAAACCGGGAGAGCCAUAAAAAUGCGAGUCGCGGCGACGAAAAAACUCUCCCGAGCUCUCCACAACUAUCUCGCGCCUUCAUCAUCACAAUCACGAUCACUAACUACUUCUUCUUCUUCUUCUUCUUCUCCGACGAUAGCUAGAAGAACCCUCACCACUCCUCGCCAAUCGCAGCCGUUGAUCCAAUCCCUCCUCGCCUCUCCAUGGUCCGCCACGCAGCUCCGCGGCGCCAAAUACCGCGGCUCCGAUGUGAAACCGGGAAACGUCAUUGAAAGAAAAGGCAAAAUUUAUCAGGUCGUAAAAGCACAGCAUACAGUGCAAGGAAGAGGGGGUGCGUGCAUACAGGUGGAGCUUCGUGAUGUUGACAGUGGGAACAAAGUAAAUGAAAGGCUUCGUACAGAUGAGGCUGUUGAAAAAGUAUUUGUUGAAGAAAAGCCCUAUGUAUACUUGUAUACUGAGGACGACUUUGUAGUGCUAACAGAUCCAAAAACGUAUGAUCAAUUGGAUGUGCCCAAGGACUUGUUCGGUGAAGCUGCUGUUUAUCUGAAAGAUGACAUGACAGUUACGGUGCAGCUUUAUGAUGGGAAACCAAUGUCUGCAUCGGUCCCACAACGGGUGACAUGCGAAGUUGUGGAAGCACAAGUUCCUAUGAAGGGGAUUGCAGCUACUCCUCACUAUAAAAAAGUUUUACUGGACAAUGGGCUCUCUGUGCAGGUACCCGCACAUGUCUUAGCUGGUGAUCAGGUUGUGAUCAAUACUUUGGACAACUCUUACAUUACCAGGGUCUAGGAGUAAUGGUACUAUCCCCUUUCAGAUUAAGGGACGUGUUGCGCUCUUGAUAACCAUCAUUGUCCCGUGUUUGGUUAUGGCAGACCAGGAAGAUCGGUUAGCAUAAAUUGGAUGACCUAUUUACUGGGGCAGCAUUAAUUUCAUAAAAUGAUGGGUUUUACUGGUUUUAGUAUCAGAAUGGACUUAAUCCGCGGUUUGAAUCUCAUUUUUCGAGUGAGCUAGUUGCUCAAGUUAUUAUUAUUAUUAUUAUUAUUAUUAUUAUUAUUAUUAUUUUACGAUUCAAUGAUCAUGGGAUUUUAUCCCCUACCAUUUUUGUUGACUAAUAAAUCCCUAUGUAAGAUAUUACGUGAGUUUAUCCUUGUUUGCCUUUUAACGGUAAUGAACCUCAUGUAUCCUGUAUUGCUCGAGAUAUCCUUUCUUGAGUUCUUGAAAUUCAAGUACAUGUUUUAGUA